AUGAAGGAUGACGGCCUCCCGCUCGAGCUGCUGACCCUCUGCGACGCGAUCCUCCGCCAGCUGGACGGCGAGGGCGCCGUCGCGGCGGGCGGCCAGGCCCCCGAGCUCGAGCACGAUCCGGAGCAGACCCCGGGCCAGCCCCAGCGCGGAGUCGGGCACGCCGUGCCCUUCAGGGAGUUCGCGCGGGCCGUGCGGGACGCGGCCGCCAUGUCCGGAACGCCGGAAUUCUGGCGGGCCGCCGAGGCGAGGCUGAGCGAGCAGGCGGAGGAGGGCGCGGUGCUGUCCCUGGACGAGGUCACGGUCAUGAUGCUCUCGCUGUUGCGCGAGGCCAUCUUGUGGCAGCACGACAGGUCCUCCGCUUCUAGCUCCGGCCGCGCGGGCGCGGGCCCCGAGGCCGCGGGCGGACGCGCCCCAGCGCCGCCGGCGGGCCUGCCGGUGCUCCUCCACAUCUACGACGUGUCGCAGGAGGAGAGCGUCCAGAAGCUCAACAAGGUGCUGGCGGGCAGGGACUCGUGGUUCAAGCUCGGCGGCGCGCACAGGGGGGAGCUGUCCGACGCGCUAGACGAGGCGAGCUUGCGCGACCGCUUGGCGCGGGCCAGCCCCGCCGUCCGGGCCGCAGUGCUGUCGGAGACUUUGCCCGGCGCCUCGGGCUUCCUGACGGCCAUGUCCAGCAAGGCCAUGAAGCUCAGCAUGGAGCCAGCCGGAUUCCGCACCGAGGUACAGUUCCGUCUGGCCGCGGAGGUCUUUCAGGAGGAGGAUUACUGCUCCCUGUGCGACAGCGUGCUAGACGUGCACGGUUUCCACUGCUCGGUCUGCACUUGCGGCGGGGACAAGAGCGCGGCGCACCACGCGGCGAGCGAGGUUGCCGGGUCGGCAACGCAGCUCUACGAGGACUACAAGCGGACCUACUUCAACACGGAGGCGCAGUGCUCCCAGCAGGGGAUCGCCUUCGUGCCAAUGCUCGGGCGGGCCAGAGAUGGCAAGGCGGCGAGCCUGCACAUGCAGGAGUACUUGGAAGGUUCGAGCGUCGCCGUUCGGCGGGCCAACGCCCAGGCGGUGCUAAAGCGGGCCCCGGGCACGGCGACCGUCGCCCCUGGGGCUGCUGAUGCGGCCAGGGUCCUGCUCCAUUCAUAG